UGUGUGCACGCGUCCAUGUCUGUGUGUGUGAAGAACAGCAGCCAACACACACACACUUAACAUUCGCUCACAACAUGGCGAUGAAGCGCCGCGAUACACGACGGCUCUACCCCGAUUAAUGCUACCCUGUUAUUAAAAACGCAGGGGACUACGCCAAAGGGAUUUACAACAACAAAUAAGCAGACUAGAGAACACUAUAGCCGAUUUAUAGGUACGCAUGUCGCUGUAACGGUAUAGCUGGUUGUAUAGACCCUCACGCUGCUUACCCCUCUGCUGGAAAUCAAAGGCUUUACAUGGCGGUUGAGAGUAUCUGGUUUUUCUGUCUACUUUGGCUGGGGUUCUGUGGUCCAUCCGUGCAAGAGAAGCCCGUGUCGGUGGAGUUGAGCUGUGGGGCGGGCCCUGCCCUGGUGGUGCUGGAGCCAGGGCGGCCCCUCCUGCUGGACUGCCACCUGGGCGCCAGCGACGCCCCCUUCAACGUCACCUGGCUGCAGCAUGGCCGGCCCCUGCCGGAGGGGGACUCCCUGCGGCCCCUCGCCAACGGCUCCCUGCUCCUGCUGCCGGCCUCCGCUGCCGGCCCGGCCCCCCAGGGGGUGGAGGGGGGCUACAGCUGUGUGAGCAGCAGCGCCCUGGGGGCUCUGACCAGCCGUACCAUCACCUUGCUCCUGGCUAGCCUGUCCCGAUUCCAGCAGGGCCCGGAGGCCCAGGCGGUGCCCGUGGGUGGUGCUGCCCGCUUUGAGUGCCAGGUGGAGGGCGUUCCCACGCCCCUCAUCACCUGGGAGAAGGACCAGGGCCCCAUUCCCAGCGAGCCCAGAGUCAUUACCCUGCCCAACGGGGGUGCUGCAGAUCUUGGGGUGACUAAGGAGGAUGCGGGCACCUACCGCUGUGUGGCAUCCAACUCAGCCAGGACGCGUUCCAGCCAGGAUGCCACCCUAACUGUUACUGCAGGUCCUGCCCAGGGCUUGAACCAGGUGUCAAUAGUGGCGCCGCCCCAGAAUGCCACUGUGGUGCUGGGUCGUCCGGCCGUCAUGGAGUGCAUGGCCCAGGGUCAACCCAAACCUCUCGUGUCCUGGAGCAGGCAGGACGGACAGCCCAUCGCCGCGGACGUGGUCGUCCUGGAGACCAACCUGGUGAUCCGCGCCACGCGGCGCCACCACGCAGGGGUGUACGUGUGCCGCGCCAACAAGCCCAAGACGCGCGAGUUUGUCAUCGCCGCCGCCGAGCUGCAUGUGCCUGCCCCUCCGGCUAUCCUCCAAGCCCCAGAGACGGUGUCCCUCUCCAGGGGGAACACGGCCAGGUUCGUGUGCAACAGCUCCGGGGAACCGGCCCCGGUCCUGCGCUGGCUGAAGAACGGCCAGCCCGUCCUGUCCAACGGCCGGGUCAAGACCCAGAGCCCUGGGGUGCUCAUCAUCAACCAGGUGGGCCUGAACGACGCCGGCUACUACCAGUGCAUCGCCGACAACAGCCUGGGCACCGCCUGCGCCACAGCCAAGCUGUCCGUCAUCGUGAGGGAGGGGCUGCCCAGCCCUCCCCAACACCUGUCAGCCACGCCCCGCUCCAGCACCAGUGCCCUGCUGGCGUGGGAGAAGCCCGAGCACAACAGCGACCAGAUCAUCGGCUACUCGGUCCACUACCAGCGAGCUGCAGGCACAGAUAACGUGGAGGACCAGUUUGCCUUGAACAACGACACCACGGAGCUGCAGGUGAAGGAUCUGCAGCCCCACACAGCCUACACCUUCUACGUGGUGGCCUACUCCCUGCAGGGCGCCAGCCAGCCCUCGCUGCCCGUCACCGCGGAGAUGCUGGAGGACGUGCCCAGCGCCCCUCCCCAGCUGUCUCUCCUCAGCACUUCCGCCUCAGACAUCCGAGUGAUGUGGCUGCCCCUGUCCUCCCAGCACCGCCGCGGUGACGUCACCCGCUACCGCAUCGACUACUGCACACUGGAACAGGCGGAUCGCGUGUUCUCCGUGGAGGUCCUGGGGAACGAGACCCAGUUCACCCUGAGGGAGCUGCUGCCCAACCAGGCCUACCGUCUGAGGAUGGCGGCCGGCACCGGGGCGGGCUUUGGCGUGCCCUCCGAGUGGACGCAGCACCACACCCCGGCACACUCCAACCACAGCCUGGUUAUAUUUGCUCCGACCGAGCUAAAAGUCAAGGCCAAAAUGAACACCAUCCAGGUCACAUGGCAGCCCCCGCCCAAUCACACGCAAAUCUCCGGCUACAAGCUCUUCUGUAGGGAAGUGGACGCUGAGGAGCUGGCCAAUGAGGAGAGUCCUGAGAGGGAGAGGAGGAUGGAGUCUCACACCAUUAAGCUCCGCAAGAGAGUGAAGCAUCAUGAUGUCACCGGCCUGGUGCCUGACCGGCAGUAUGAGGUGAAGGUGUGGGCCUACAAUAAGCAGACUGAUGGCUACCCUGCUGUCUGGAAGGGCCGGACUGAAAAAGCUCACGCUAGGGGGCCCCCCAGGGAGAACCUGCUGCCUCCCCUGCCCCCCAGCAACGUCAAGGCCACCGCCAACAGCUCCACGUCCAUCUGGCUCCGCUGGGAGAAGACGCGCUUCAACAACGUGCGCAUCAUCAACUACACGGUGCGCUGCAGCCCCGCGGGCCUCCGGAACGCCUCGCUGGUGUCCUACUACACCAGCUCUGCCCAGGACAUCCUGCUGGGGGCGCUCAAGCCCUUCACACGCUACGAGCUGGCGGUGCAGUCCAACGGGGUGGAAGGGGUGGGCCCGUUCAGCGUCACCGUGGAGGAGUCCACGCUGCCGGACAGACCCUACACGCCCCCUGCAGAACUCCAGCUCAGUGCCCUGGACUCCUCCUCUGUGCUGGUGAGCUGGCGCCCCCCAGUGGAGUCUAACGGUAUCAUCACCAGCUACAGGAUUCUGUACAGUGGCAACCAGAGCCAGCCGGAGCACCUGUGGACCAACCUCUCCCAGGAGGGGACCAGCACCAGUGUGGAGGUACAGGGUCUGUCCAGUGGUACGCGCUACUUCUUCAAGAUGGCCGCAGCCACCAAGGUGGGGGCGGGGCCUUACUCCCCUGUCAAAGAUGUUCACACUCCUCCCCAGAGAUACGAGCUGGACCUCCAUGCCGUGACGGGCAUCAUCGUGGGAGUGUGUAUGGGGCUCCUCUGCAUUCUCCUCUACAUGUGUUUCAGCUUCCGCAACGGCAAGACCAGGGAGGUGUCAGGGGGGCUGGACUCCUCGGCCCUGACCCCCCAGUACCGGCGUGGGGGGCGACCUCUGCCCUCCAGUGUUCCAGAGAGCAGCGACUGCCAUGAGCUGGAGAACCUGAUGGCCCCGAGCGACCAGGAGCCCUGCCAGCCCCCCCCAGGGGCCCUGGAGGAGCAGAGCCUCAUGGCUCACACUGAGGCCGGGGCAGGGGCCGGGCCCGGAGAGGACUUGGCUGAGCUUAAGGCUGCGUGGAACGGCUCAGUCAGCCGCAACUGGGCCAACCGGAUCACCCGCUACCGAGACACCAUCACGCAGGACUCCCCCGGCCUCCUGAACGGAACCAUGGAACGGGUUCCCACAGAGAACGGCAAGGUGGACCCAGAGGACCGCCUGGGCUUGUGCACAAACCAGGUGGAGGCCGAGGUCAUAGUUCACUCCGAGUUGUCAGAGGCGGAGAAGGGGAAGGAGGAGGAGGGAGGUGAUGGAGAGGAGGUGGAGGAUUCUCAGCGGACCCGGGGGCCAUCCAUCUCGGAGGGGACGUACUCUCCGGUCAGUCUGCCAGGCCAGGCCGCCCUACACCUCCCUGAAGAUGCCCCAGAGACAUUACUGCUGGGCCCCUCCCCAGAGAGGCCUGCCCUGGAGCCCCUGGCCAAUCACAAAGGGCAGCAGGAGGGUGUGGCAGCCCAGCUAACUGCAGACGGGGUGCUACGCCAGGGGGUGGGGCUAACCAACGGCUUCCACUCCCCCAAGCCCCUGCAGCGGGGGCCGGAGACCCUGGAGAACAAGGACUCCAGACAUUGCCCCGCCGCGAAAGCUCCCCCCCCCGGGUCCCCCCCCGCCCCCUUCACCGGCAGCGGCCUGGUCCCCCCCUUCACCGGCAGCGGCCUGGUCCCCCCCUUCACCGGCAGCGGCCUGGUCCCCCCCUUCACCGGCAGCGGCCUGGUCUACUCGACCCCAACUGCGCACAGCUACUUGUGCCCAUGA